AUGGUGGCCCCAGAGGCACUUCAAGACAUAAACGGCUUCCACCUCAAGGAGGCUGGCUGGUGGCCCUUCAGCAGCUGUGGCUGGUUCUUUGCCUCACCCCGAGCAUGCUUGGAGGAUAUCGUCAAGGACGUGCGUGACGCAGCACACUUCACGGCUCAUGUGGCUGGAAUGAUUCACACCAGAUCGGCCAAAGCUUGGGCAGAACAGGCAGCCAGCCGCAGUGCAGAAGCCCUCGACCAGUCGCAGAAUGCCCUGCACGAAAUCACGCGCGUAGAGGCUUGGCAGAACUCUGCAGGACCCUGCGCGGGGGUUCUCCUCUUGAUGCCAAUGAGGGGCAUGGCGGUAGAUGUGCCGCUGCGCCGCAUGCCGGACUUUCUCUGA